CACUUUCCAUGUGAUUUUCGCCAAUCCAAUCUUCUCCUUUUUCACUUCCCAGCCCCACACACACACAUAACACUCAGUCAUAUACUACAUCGAAUAUUUUCCAUCAAAGUAUGGGGGAAAGUCACAAGGCGUUUUUCCAUGACCCUUCUUCCUCUGUUGAUGAAUCUCUCAUUCUUCCAUCUUCUUACACUUCCCUCCCCGAUGGGCCCCACCCUCGCAACAAAAAAUCAAAUGAUCUUCUUCUCGUCGUUUGUGGGUUGCUGUUACUUCUUUCCGUCGUCGCCUUUGCUGGCUACAGGGCCUCCAACGUACAUGGUCCUCAUGCUGACGUGUCAUUGUCGACACCUGAUGAAGAAGAACAGAACACACAAACGGUACCUUCCAAAACAUGGCACCCGGUUUCACGGGGUGGUUUGGCGGGGGUGUCGGAGAAGUCCAACAUGUUUCUCGCCGGUGAAAAUGGAGAACCGGAAUCAUAUCCUUGGAGCAACAGUAUGUUAAUGUGGCAGAGAACUGCUUUUCAUUUUCAGCCAGAGAAGAACUGGAUGAACGAUCCUAAUGGUCCUAUGUACUACAAGGGAUGGUAUCAUUUUUUCUACCAGUACAAUCCGAAUGGUGCAGUUUGGGGUGACAUAGUUUGGGGACAUGCUGUGUCAAGGGAAAUGAUCCAUUGGCUUCACCUUCCACUGGCAAUGGUAGCUGAUGAAUGGUAUGACGUGAAGGGUGUGUGGACUGGCUCUGCCACCAUCUUACCCGAUGGUCAAAUAAUCAUGUUAUAUACUGGUUCCACCAAUGAGUCAGUGCAAGUGCAGAACCUUGCAUAUCCUGCAGACACCUCUGAUCCUCUCCUUGUGGACUGGAUCAAAUACCCUGGGAACCCAGUUCUGUUCCCACCACCAGGCAUUGGCUCCAAAGACUUCCGUGACCCAACCACUGCUUGGUUAACCUCUGAAGGAAAGUGGCGCAUGACCAUUGGGUCUAAGCUUAACAAAACUGGCAUUGCCUUGGUUUAUGACACCGAGGACUUCAAGACCUACGAGCUUAAGGAGGAAAUGCUUCAUGCUGUCCCAGGCACUGGCAUGUGGGAGUGUGUGGACUUCUUCCCUGUAUCUAAGAAGCAUGAAAAUGGCUUGGAUACCUCUGUUAAUGGGGCUGAGGUGAAGCAUGUGGUGAAGGUGAGCUUGGAUGACGAUAGACAUGAUUACUAUGCAUUAGGGACUUAUGAUGAGAAAAAGAUUAAGUUCAUACCAGAUGAUUUUAAGAACGAUGUUGGUAUUGGACUGAGGUAUGACUAUGGUAUAUUCUAUGCAUCCAAGACAUUUUUUGAUCAAAAUAAGGGAAGAAGAGUGUUGUGGGGUUGGAUUGGAGAGUCUGACAGCGAAUACGCUGAUGUGACCAAAGGUUGGGCAUCAGUUCAGGGUAUUCCAAGAACAGUGAAUCUUGAUCAGAAGACUGGCAGCAACUUAAUUCAGUGGCCUGUUGUGGAGGUGGAGAGUUUGAGAUUGAGAAGCAACGAAUUUAAAAAUCUGAAGGCAAAGCCAGGGUCAGUGUUGUCACUAGAUAUUGAAACAGCUACACAGCUGGACAUUGUUGCUGAGUUUGAGAUAGACAAAGAAGCCCUGGAGAAAAUAGCUCAGUCCAAAGUGGAGUACAAGUGCAGCAACAGUGGUGGAGCUGCACAACGUGGUGCCUUGGGACCUUUUGGUCUUCUGGUUUUGGCAGAUGAUGGACUCUCUGAAUAUACUCCUGUGUACUUUUAUGUCAUUAAAGGAAGCAAUGGAGAUCUUAAGACUUCCUUCUGUUCUGAUCAAUCAAGGUCUUCUUUGGCAACGGAUGUUCAUAAACAAAUCUAUGGGAGCGUAGUUCCAGUACUUGAAGGUGAAAAGUUGUCCUUAAGAAUACUGGUGGACCAUUCUAUAGUUGAAAGCUUUGCUCAAGGUGGAAGGACGUGUGUGACAUCUAGGGUUUAUCCAACAAAGGCAAUCUACGGGGCUGCUAGAUUGUUCUUGUUCAACAAUGCUACUGAGGCCACUGUCACUGCCUCACUCAAGAUUUGGCAGAUGAAUUCUGCAUUUAUACGCCCAUUCCGUCCUGAUCAGAAGAGUUAAAAAAAUUUAUUUGGAGAUUAAAAAAAGAGAAAAAGAUUUGUCCUUUACACAAGUUGUGUACUUUUAAUUUUAAUUUUUAACAAUACGCACUACCAGUAGUAUAAAAAGAUAACUUUUCAUAUUUUAACUAUGUACUACUCGUAGUACAUAGUAUAAAAAAUUAAAACGACACAACUUAUAUUAUUUAAAAAAACACAGACUUUAAAAAAAGACUCGUAUUCACAAAGGAAAAGAUGUUGGGGCGACAAUUUGUUCAAAACAACUAUAAUACCUUUCUCAUCAACCCACCCAACAUCAUGGGUUUUUGCACAAAUCCUAUUCCCUCAUUUUUGUCCUAUUAUUAUUAUUUAUUUAUUUUUGUAUUCGUCCUAUUAUUAUUUUUAUGGGAAUGUUUGGUUGUACUAAAGAUAUUGGCAAGAUAAUCCAUUCAUUAAAGAAAUAUAGUGUUAAUAUUUUUAUUAGGAUAUUCAAGUAUGAUGAGUCUUACAUUAAUUGAUAAUGAGUUAAAUAAAAUUCACAUAAGUAGAUGGAUUUAUAAAUUCAAUGCCUUAAGAUAUGUCUUGAAUUGAAUUUUUUUCCUAGUAAAAAUCUUCGUUCUACUAAUUUUUUAAGAUAUUGC